GCAGAAGCAUAACGAUUGAGAAGCUGUACCAAGUUAUAUGGCUACCUAGCCUGAAUGUUAUAUAUGCACAAUGAACUAGCAAAUUUGACACCCAAUCCAAAUUUGCAUCAACACAUCAAAGCCACCAUGAAAACAUCCCAAGAUUCUCCCAGUUCAGAAAAGCUUCUUGAAGGUGAAGAAAAACAAUGCCUAAAAGAACCUCCAGCUAUCACUAUGAUCACAACCAAAAAACUAGCUUUCAUCCCAUUACUCUUCCUCAUCUACUUUCAAGUCUCUGGUGGCCCUUAUGGCACAGAAACCAUGGUUGGUGCUGGGGGUACUUUCUAUGCAAUCCUUGGCAUCAUAUUCUUCCCAAUCCUCUGGAGCGUUCCCGAGGCCCUCAUCACUGCUGAACUGUCCACUGCCUUUCCCGGCAAUGGUGGCUUUGUCAUAUGGACUCACCAAGCCUUUGGUCCCUUCUGGGGCUUCCUCAUUGGGUUUUGGAAUUGUUGGGACAAUGUUAGUACUUUAGUACGUAGUAGGGGUGUUACACAACCCUCAAAAACAUUACCAAAAGCAUUUCUCUCAAGUGGAUUGAUCACUUGCUUUGCUCAUUUAAUACCUCUUCUAGCUUCAAUUGGGGCUAUUAAAAUUGACCUAGAUGAUUGGGUUGAUGGAUAUUACACAAUUGUGGGAGAAAAAAUUGUGGGGAAAAAGUUCAAAAGGUGGAUUAGGAUUGGAGCCUUUUUAUCUGGUAUUGGUGUUUUUCAGUCCCAGCUGAGCAGUUGUUCAUAUCAGCUGCUAGGUAUGACUGAAUUAGGGUUGUUACCAACAUUUUUCAGUGCACGGUCCAAACGGUUCAACACUCCUUGGGUGGGGAUUCUGAUAUCAACUGAUAUCGAUCUUAAUUUCAAGUAUGAAAUUCAGACAUGUCACAUCAUUAGUGAAUGUUUUCUACAGUCUGGGGAUGAUGUUCGAAUUCGCAGCUUUUAUUUCCUUGAGGAUGAAGUUUCCAGAAGUGGCUUCAAAGUUCCACUUACAAAGCUGAGGAGUCUGAUAGCAAUGUGCUUCAUUCCAUUUUGGUUUUUAUUGUAUGUGGUUUUUGUUGGGCAGCCAAUUGUGUAUUUGGUGGUUGCUUUGCUGACCAUGUUGGGCAUUCUUUGGUAUUACUGCAUGAGGAUAGUGGCUUGACUUCAACCAUGUUAUAUAUGAAAAAGCUAGCAGCUUAUGAAAAUUUGGGGCAAGUAUAUUGAUGUUUCACAAUGGUGGAGGGUCAACGCAGCUGCAUAUCCUAUUCUUUCCGAGCUGUAUAUUGAUGUUUCACAAUGGUGGAGGGUCACUAGCCACUACCAUCAUAAAGCCUCUAAAUCCAGCCCUACCUUCCAUCCAUUUAUUUUGUACAAUUCCAUUUACUUAUUUCCUCAUUCACUUCAUGAUUUUUUUUUUUGCAAAAUUAUGCCUACAUUAUAUUAUUUCAAUAAGAAAAAUUAAGUGGAGAAAAAAAAAAGUUAGCUUGGUUAUCUUUGCUUUCCCCUUCUUAGCAUAAGGUAAGCCCUCAAUUUCUAAAGGCUUGGUAAGAUAGUCUUAUCUCUUGCGUUCAAAACCGCAGUGUUGAUUUUUAUUUCUCCACUUAAUUUUUUCAUAUUGUAAUAAUAUAAUAUAAGCAUAAUUUUGUCACAAAAAAAAAAAAAGGAUUAUGAAGUGAAGGAGUAAAUAAGUAGAUGAAAUUGUACAAAAUAAAUAAAUAAAUAGAUGGAACGGGUGUAAAUCGGCAGUUUUUAUCAAAAUGAUUAAUUUUUGCAAUUGUACUGAGGUGUAAAUUGACAACUAUUGUCAAAUUUAGAGUGUAUUUUAAUAAUUAUGUCAUUAUUUUACGUAUA